AUGACUGAUACACUGCUGCCAACAGCUCCCCAGCCCCUGGAGAAGGAACGCGAUGGCUAUUUUCGGAAGGGUUGUAACCCCCUUGCUCAAACUGGCCGCAGCAAACUGCAGAAUCAGAGGGCCGCCUUAAACCAGCAGAUCCUGAAGACUGUUCGGAUGAGAACCGGAGCAGAAAACCUUCUCAAAGCAGCCACAAACCACAAGGUGCGGGAACAGGUGCGACUGGAGCUGAGCUUCGUGAACUCGGACCUGCAGAUGCUCAAGGAACAACUGAAGGGGCUCAACAUUUCAGUGGGGGUCUACCAGAGCACAGAGGAGGCAUUUACAAUUUCUCUGAUUCCUCUCGGACUGAAGGAAACCAAAGAGGUUGACUUUUCAGUUGUUCUCAAGGAUUUUAUCCUGGAGCACUACAGUGAAGAUAGCUAUUUAUACGAAGAUGAAAUAGCUGACUUUAUGGAUCUGCGACAAGCCUGUCGGACGCCCAGCCGGGAUGAGGCUGGUGUUGAACUGCUGAUGAGUUACUUUAUCCAGCUGGGCUUCAUGGAGAGUCGAUUCUUCCCGCCCACCAGACAGAUGGGGAUCUUGUUCAUGUGGUAUGACUCCCUCACUGGGGUGCCAGUCAGCCAGCAGAACUUGCUCCUGGAGACGUACUCCUGGGCCAGACUGGCCUGUGUGAAGGCCCACCACUACGGGGCUCUGGCCCAUUACUUCGCCGCCACCCUCCUCAUCAACCAUAAGUUGAAGCCUGGCGCAGAUGAGGACCACCAGGAGAAGUGCUUGGCCCAGCUCUAUGACCACAUGCCUGAGGGAUUGACGCCAUUGGCCACACUGAAAAACAGAGCCCAGCGCAUAGACUUGGGGAAAUCGCACCUGCACAGUGCCAUCUCACAGCACGAGGAGUCCGUCCGGGAGGCCAGCCUGUGCACGAAGCUCCGCAACAUCGAGGUGCUACAGGAGGUGCUGUGCGCAGCGCUCCAGCGUUCCCGCCUCAAGUACGCCCAGCACCAGGACGAAGACGACCUGCUGAACCUGCUCGAUGCCCCCGACAUUGUCUCCAAAACAGAAAAAGAAGUUGAAAUUAUACCUCCACAGUUCUCCAAGAUGACAGUAACUGACUUCUUCCAGAAAUUGGGUCCCCUGUCCGUGUUUUCGGCUAGCAAGAGAUGGACACCUCCCCGAAGCAUCCAUUUCAUCGCUGAAGAAGGGGAUUUGGGGUUCACCCUGAGAGGGAACUCCCCCGUUCAAGUCCACUUCCUGGACCCUUACUGCUCUGCUGCACUGGCAGGAGCCAAGGAAGGAGACUACAUUGUUGCUGUUCAGGAUGUGGAUUGUAAGUGGCUGACCGUGAGCGAAGUCAUGAAACUGCUGAAGGACUCUGGCGAGGAGGACAUUGAGAUGAAGGUGGUGAGCCUGCUGGACUCCACGUCGUCCAUGCAUAGUAAGUGUGUCACGUACUCUGUGGGGAUGCAAAAAACUUACUCCAUGAUUUGUUUAGCCAUAGAUGAUGAUGAGAAAACGGAUAAAACCAAGAAGGUCUCCAAAAAGCUCUCCUUCCUGAGCUGGGGCACCAACAAGAACAGGCAGAAGUUUGCCAGCACCAUGUGUCUCCCAGCAGUUGGGGUUGCGGUGCCUCAUAUCAAGAAGAAGCUGCCCUCCCCUUUCAGCCUUCUCAACACCGACAGUUCCCUGUACUGA